CCCCAGUCUGGAAGCUCGCGCAUCCGCCCCUUCGGUGCUCACAGGAGAGGGACUGGGAGCGGGGGCCAGAAGUUCUUCCCAGGGCCGGACCCGAACUCCAAAAGCCGGGCGGAGAGCCAGGCGUGAAGUUUCCGGGGUGGGGGUGGGGUCUGAGUGAGGGUGUUGCCAUGACGACGCCUCACUCACUUCGACCCCGCCCCUGCGGGUGCGGGGGCUGCCAGCGAGGCCCUUAUCGACUCCUCCCAGGGAGCAUUUUAGCUGCCCAGGAAAGAGAUUUGUUUGCCAGCAGGGACUUUUAAUCCUGGUCUUCUCUCACUUCUCUCGAACAAAUCACUGCAACCACUUGGGAAACCAUGGGGAAAAUCGUGAUUACUACCCCGCAUCCGCCGGAGUCUCCCCUCCCGGGGCUCCGACUCCAACGCCCACCGCAAGAGUAGCCCGGAAAAGCCACACCGGGUCUCCGUGCUCCCCCUCGCUCCCACCCUGCUGCGUGGAGGCUGGGGGUCAGAACGGCCUGUGCGGCGCAGCUUGAUGACGCAUUGCGCCUGCGCGCGCGGCCAGCGAGGCGGGUGUGAACCCCGGCGGGGUGUGUUACCCGCGCCUGGGAACCGGCAGCCGCCGGAGAGCCCAGCUUUAGACGCAAUGGGGAAGAAGCAGGUGCGUCCUCCACGAGCCCUUCCACCUGUGCCAAGUGCUAUUCAAGAUGAUAUUCCACUUAGUCGUCCUAAGAAAAAGAAGCCCAGAACGAAAACCCCGCUUGCUAGUGCUUCUUCAGAAGGUCUUGUUCAGACUGCUGUUCAGAGGCCACCUGAGGGCAGCGAGCCACCAACCAAAGACUCCACAGAACAUCAAGAAGCUCCUGUUCAACGGAGGCAGAAGAAAACAAGGCUACCUCUUGAAUUGGAGACUACCUUUACCCAGAAGAAGACAGCUAGUCCAUCUUUAUUACCAAAUGAAAAUGGUAUCAAUGUGGAGCCAGAUGAGGAGCCAGUUAUUCAGAAACCUCGAAGGAAGAUGAAGAAAACCCAGCCAGCGGAAUUACAUUAUGCCAAUGAACUAGGAGUUGAAGAUGAAGACAUAAUUACUGACGAGCAAAGUAGUCCAGAACAACAAUCUGUAUUCACUGCACCCACGGGCAUUAGCCAGCCUGUAGGCAAAGUGUUUGUGGAAAAAAGCAGGCGAUUCCAGGCUGCUGAUCGUUCAGAGUUGAUUAAGACCACAGAAAAGAUCGAUGUGUCAGUGGACAUGAAGCCUUCCUGGACGACCAGAGAUGUUGCACUGUUGGUGCAUCGGGCUUUCCGGAUGAUUGGUGUCUUCUCCCAUGGCUUCCUGGCUGGCUGUGCUGUGUGGAACAUUGUUGUGAUCUAUGUUCUGGCAGGAGAUGAGCUUUCUGACCUCUCAAACCUUCUGCAACAAUACAAGACAUUAGCAUAUCCAUUCCAGAGUCUUCUCUACUUGCUUUUGGCUCUGAGUACAGUUUCAGCCUUUGACAGGAUUGACUUUGCUAAAACAUCAGUAGCAAUCCGAAAUUUUCUUGCUCUGGAUCCAAGAGCUUUAGCAUCUUUCUUGUACUUUACUGCUCUUGUAUUAUCUCUGAGUCAACAAAUGACAAGUGACAGAAUCCACCUUUACACACCUUCUUCUGUUAACGGUAGCCUUUGGGCAGAAGGAAUUGAGGAGCAGGUUCUUCAGCCAUGGAUUGUGGUGAAUCUGGUGGUGGCCAUUCUGGUUGGGUUAUCUUGGCUUAUUUUGUCUUACAAGCCAGGCAUGGAUCUUAGUGAAGAGUUGAUGUUCUCCUCGGAUGUGGAAGAAUAUCCUAAUAAAGGAAUCAAAGCCUCUUCAUAGUGCCAACUCACCUUCUGAGUAAUGACCUAGUAUUUAGAAUUUUUCCCAUUCUUGUUUUUAAAUGUAUUUUUAUAUAUGUACAGAUGUAUUUGGAAUUGAUUUUUGAUAUAUAAUACUGAACAAUUUCUCAGGAUUAUGGAAAAUGUUAAAAUUGUAUCUGCAAUUUAUACCCAAACAUUAAUUUCUAUAGCAUUAUCGUCUUUAUGAUGAAGUAGAUAAUGAACUAGAAACCAACAGGUGAAAGUGUUUAUUUCCUGUUUUUUCAGAUUAGUUGCAUUUAUAAUCAUUAUCUUUAAAAGCAGUAAUACAGUGCUUUUAAAAAAGCCAUAACUUUAGUGUUACAAAAUAUCUAUCAAGUUUAAACAUAAGUUUAGAGAAUAGAGAAGAAGUGGAGGAAAAGGACCUUCAUUAUUUAUUUUUCAUGUUUCCUGACUGAAUAAAUUGAAAUAUGAAUUUUGUCAUUUUUGAAACUGGUUCAGUGGUUGUGUAUCAUGUAGUAAGUAAAAUGUAAUUUAGCUUGAAAGAUGGCUAAUAAAAAGGAAAUGUAACUUUCGUUUGAGAAGUUA